AUGUUCGGAGUAUUGAACAGCGAUGAUCACCGUGCAGCGAUACAACAACGAAAUAUCCUCGCCUUUGGAAGAACCUCUUCUGAACUGUGGACGAGCAAUCCUACCUCAAAUUAUUGGUGUGAAACCAGAGGAAAUGGUAGGGACAGCGGCCAGAACCGCGUCAGACGGCCCAUGAACGCAUUCAUGGUGUGGUCGCGUGAUCAAAGGCGCAAGGUGGCUCUAGAGAAUCCCCAAAUGCAAAACUCAGAGAUCAGCAAGCAGCUGGGGUACCAGUGGAAAAUGCUUACAGAAGCCGAAAAAUGGCCAUUCUUCGAGGAGGCACAGAGACUACAGGCCGUGCACCGAGAGAAAUACCCAGACUAUAAAUAUCGACCUCGUCGGAAGGCCCUGCCACAGAAAAGUGAUAAAUUGCUACCUGCAGCCUCCUCCUCCCUGCUAUGCAGGCAGGUGCUCGUGGAUAAGUCGUAUCCCUUCACGUACAGGGACAGCUGUAGUAGGGCUACACACUCACAUAUGGAGGACCAGUUAAGCUCCUCACAACCCGUGAACAUAGCCAACUCGCUGCUGCAACAGGAGCACCACUACAGCUCUACAAGCCUCCGUGGCAGUCCGGAAACCUUGGCUACGCAUCUGUCCGCUGACCCUCCCUUUUACCCUAAGUAA